GCUAUUUACUACACAAGAGUACAAGACGUCUGACGUAGAUACCUACAACCAACACAACAUCAAAAAAUGGAAAAGGUUUAUACAGAAUUAAGUGAAAUGAUUGUGUUGCGAGAUCCUCCACAGACUCCAAGUAAUUCAAAUUUAACCACAGUUGAAUAUACACAUUGGUCUAGAAAUGUGACACUCAGACUGAUUGGUGAAUAUGGUAAAAACUACAAAGACGUAGGAAGUAGAAUUCGGAGUUACAAAAUUUUGUAUGAAAUGAUUGCUGAGAUUUUAAACACUGAAUUUCAACUAAAAUUAACUGGGUCACAAGUAAAUAAUAAAUUUCAAACAUUAAUAAGAUCUUAUAAAGCUGUUGUUGAUAACAAUAAAAAAACCGGAAGAGGGAGGAAAUAUUUUGAAUUUGAAGAGCAGAUGGAUAAUAUAUUUCAAAAAUCCAAAAGAAUAAACCCUGAAAUUUUGAUGACAGAGACUGAGGUUAUCAAAAAUACUCCUAGAGCCUGCAAUGACACACCAACACUGCAAAAAAGUGUACAUGAAGCGAUUGAUGAACCAGAUUUAUUUAUAAAUAAAGCUUCUGGGUCUGUUGAAGAUGAGAGGAAAACAGCAGUUAAAAAGACAACAAUAAAUUUGAAGAGAAAAGGAACCAGAACUGAUGUACUCGAAGGUAUAAGAAGCGACAAACAAAAAUUUUAUGAAAAUUAUAUUCAAAUUCAAUAUUCAAAAAUUGCUGAGCAAAAAAGGAAGAACGAUCUACUUGAGGAAAAAAAUAAGCUGCUCAAGGAGUACUUACUUAAUAAAUAAUAGUAGAAAAAUCAAACAUUUAUUUAACAGGGAUUAGAAGCUAAAUGUGUUAAGGGUUUUUAUUGUUAUUUUUAAUAUUUUUAUUAUUAUACAGACUGAAUGUUUUUUUUUUAAAUAAUUAUGUAUUAAUAAGUUUGUUUUGUACACAAAGAAAUGUG